CAGGAGAGACAGAUUCAUUUCUCAAUGGAAAAAAACAUUGCUUUUAGCUUUUUACUCUUUUUAUGUGUAGGAUUUUCAGUCUCUGUGGACCAAAUGUUCGUAAGAAUGGAUGAAAGUUCACAUGCAUUUUCAGAUCAAGAGCUGUCCCAAAGAAAUGACCGACGUUAUGAGGGUGGUGUGAAGCCAAAAUAUAACUUAAAACAAGUAGCAAUUACACAGAUGGUCAGCUACAACUUGAGCAGAAAAGAAAGUGAAUCUUGGCGAACAAUGCCGCACAGCCAUUACAGCCCUGUGAAUGUCACCAUUAACGGAAGCCCCUGCAUUCUUUUCUGGGCCAGGAGGAUAAUGAUUAAGUUUAAAAAUCACAUGGAGCUGGACUUGACAAAGAGGACAUUUGGUGUUCAUGCAGCUGUGGAUGUUGGAGAUUCCAAUUGCAGUGGAGACCAUGCAAUGCUUUCACUUAAGUUUGGUGACAUUGACAAUCUCAAGGGGCUUGUUAUUAGAUUCUUAUUGACAAACAGUUAUUACAAGCUGUCCGUUCAGAACUGGUUUAGUUUAUACAGAAUACAGCUACUUUACAACCAUUCUGUACAAGCGACAUUUAAUGCAACCAGAAUAUUUGCUCCAGUAAGUUAUUCGUACCACUGUGAACAUGUGAGCAGUUUGCAGAGGUAUAAUGCACUCCUGAUGCCCAGCUCCGCAAACGAUGAGUCCAGGCUCUGGGAAGUCACUUUUAUCGAUUUCCAGAUUCAAGGCUUUAACAUUGAAGGAGGACAGUUUGCUUAUGCCAAAGAUUGUGCAUCCUUUUUCUCACCAGCAAUUCUGAUGGGCUUGGUUAUGUCACUGAUUUUGCUUCUAGUCCUGGCCUAUGCUCUUCAUAUGUUGAUCCACCUGAAGUCUCUUGAUAGGCAUUAUGAAUACAAAGCCUCUCCUGCCUAUUUUGCACAAAUGAAAGACGGUGACAUGGCAGAUGAAAAAGAACCAUUAAGAAACAAUGGAAAUGAGUCCUAUGAACUUAGAAGUCAACAGUUCCAUAAAGUCUAUAUUUAGAAGUGUGUCUCUCUCAUUUAAGCUAUUGGUAUUUUCUUUCUGUUAUUCUGUCCUGCUUAGUUGUAUGGUAGCUAAAAGAUUUCACCAAAUUAUUUACUUAAUCAAAGAAAAAAUAUAUACCAGACUGCUUGUUUAGUUCUGCUUUAGCUUUAUUUCUUGUGACCCAUUUAAACAAUACUUUGGAAAUCAGAACAACAACAAAAUCUCCCAUGAGAGUGGGGAAAUGAACGUAGUGAGAGUCUUUUCUCUUACAAUAUCUGUUGGCUCCUCCCCACAAAGGGUGAGGUUUUUCCUUAUACUGUAUUUUCUGUUGGUCUAUCCAGUAAGUAUUAAGUGUUCCUGGCAAAACAGCUCCAAUCCUUAGGAAAUGCAUGCAGCAGUAUAAAUAGAUUCCACCAUUAGAAGUCCUUGCUGAUUCUCAGCUUAAGCUUCUGUUGUCUUACUUUUAGUCAGACAUCAAAAUCCUUCUCAGUACUCAUACUCCCCUGCUGU